UCGCGCUCUCUCCUUCUUCUGCUUCUUCUCUAUAAAAUAAUCCAAAAUCCAACAAUGAGGAAGCUCCAACAUUCCCCCAUUACUCCUCGCCCCUUCCUCCUCCUACUCACCAUGGCCGCACUACUCUCCAUCCCCCUCCUCUUCUUCCUCCUCCCCGCCUCCCUCCCCUUCCCCGCCGCCGCCCAGUCCUCUGCCAUCUCCCUCGCAUGCCGCGCCACGCGCUUCGACUCCUCCUGCCUCGACGCCCUUUCACGUUCCUCCGACCUCCCUCCCUCCCCCUCCUCCCUCGACUUACUCAAGGCAGCAUUGCUCGCCCCCCUCGACGCCCUCCCCUCCGCCCGUUCCCAGGCCGCCUCCAUCCUCGCCUCUUCUACAGCCGCCCGCGCCUCCGCUGCUAGGAACUGCAUCGACCAUCUCGCCCUCUCCCAACGCCGCCUCUCAGACGCCUCCAAUUCCCUAUCCGAAGGCCGCACUGCCGACGCCCGCACCUGGGCCGGUGCCGCCCUGCUUUACCAGUACGACUGCUGGUCGGCCCUCAAGUACGUCAAUUCCUCCCGCCGCGUCGCAGAUGCUAUGGCCGCGCUACUCGAUCUGACAGCCCUCACCAGCAACGCCCUUUCCAUGAUCGCCGCCCUUCAGCGAUUCGGCCACGAUGUAUCCCUUUGGGCGCCGCCGCAAACCGAGCGCGACGGAUACUGGGGCGACGCCCCAGCCUCCUCCGCCCUCCGAUCCGGCGGUGGCGCUAGCUCCCUCAUUUCCACCUUCCCCAUCGACCGCCCACCCAAUGCCACCGUCUGCAAGACCGGAUCUUGCGACUACCGAACAGUCCAGGAAGCGGUCGACGCCGCGCCUGAUUUGGCAUCGGACCGAUUCGUGAUCCGCAUCGAAGCUGGCGUGUACGAGGAGACGGUUCGCAUUCCCUUCGAGAAGACCAAUCUGGUGUGCAUAGGGGACGGGAUGGGGGUCACCGUCGUUACCAGCUCACUAAGCGUUGGUCAAAACCAGGGCGUCCUCACUACCUACGACUCCGCCACCGUUGCUGUCUUCGGCGACAAUUUCGCGGCUCGCGACCUCACCUUUGAGAACAGCGCUGGCGUCGGCGCCCACCAGGCGGUCGCCUUCCGCUGUGACAGCGACCGCUCCGUGCUCGAAUCGGUGGAGUUCAGGGGACAUCAGGACACACUGUACGCCCGUUCUCUGCGCCAGCUCUAUCGCAGAUGCCGCAUUACUGGCACGUUGGACUUCAUCUUUGGGAACUCGGCGGCGGUGUUCGAUCGUUGUAGCAUCGAGGUGGUGCCGCGCGCUGAAGGGCUGACGAAGGCCGGAAGCAACCCAGUAGCGGCCCAUGGGCGGACCGAUCCGGCUCAGGCCACGGGGUUCGUGUUCAAUGGGUGCUCGAUCAAUGGGAGCGCGGACUACCUGGCGGCGUACAAGAGGAAGCCAGGGGCGCAUCGGGCGUACCUUGGGCGGCCGUGGAAGGAGUACUCAAGGACGGUGUAUGUGAAUUGCUAUAUGGGCGAGGUUGUGAUGCCCGAGGGGUGGUUGCCAUGGAAGGGAGACUUUGCGUUGAGCACGCUGUUCUACGGGGAGUAUGGGAGUUGGGGACCGAGGGCUAGUGCGGCAACCAGGGUGAACUGGAGCUCCCAAGUACCGGAGGAGCAUGUGGGUGUUUACUCUCUAGACAAUUUCAUUCAAGGGAAUGAAUGGGUUCCAUCUGAGCAGUAAAGGAUUUAUGGAUUGGGAACUGCUGGGAAUUUGAUGAGAUGAACACUGGGUCCGUUCUGUGCUGACAAAGAUUGAUUGGGUUGUAUACUGAGUGAGUUCUCUUUAAACUCCAUGAUUAAUGCCUUCGAGGAGAAUUAGUGGAGAAUUUUAGGUAAAUGAGAUAUGGUUGUCAUGCAAUGGUUAUAUCAAUAUGGUUACUGGGAAUGCUCUUCCUGCCUUUUAUACCACUGAUAUUGAAUUUAAUUUUCUUUUAUACCUUUUUUCUAGUGCAGAAUCCUUGACCUAUUUCUCAUGAUGAAGUAUGACAAGCCAAAAGGAAAGAUAUUGUUUCACUUUCAUGACUUUUUUGUUCAUUGGAUGUACUGGAGCUACUUUUUUUAAGCCAAAUUUCCUACCCGAAGUUUCAUUUCUUGUUAAAGGGUGCACUUCCUUUUACCUCUCCAUCAUGUACCUGAAAUAUAUUUAUUGUUAUGAACAUUAAUUUAUUUUAUUUUUGAA